GAGGGGGGUGGGGGGAGCGGACCUUAUCUUCGUUGGUGCAGCAGCUUCGACUUUUUAUUUUUUAUUCUUCUCGUUACUUCCGAUCGAGCACCGACGGCAAGCAAACUUCGGAACCUCCCUUCAUCCACAGGGAGUACUGCGAUUAUUGGUGGAUUAAUUUUCACAUUCAGUUAACGAUUUAGCAAGAUUUUAGAUUCCUCAAGAAGAUGGCCAGCUCGUUCUGUUUCGCACCUCUCGCUUCCAUCAAGCCUCCCAACAAGCCAGAACUUAUUCCUGGAAAUUCUACUUCUGGAAAGGUUAUUUGGAUCGAUUAUAUGACUCAGAAAUGUAGAAAUGGCAAUAAAUUUCAAUCAUUUGAGGCUAAGUCUACAAAUGGCAACCAAAGCACCAAAGCUAACAGCAUAGUUUGCGCUAAGUGUGAUGGAAAUGGUGCAGUAUUAUGUUCACAAUGCCAAGGCAGCGGGGUUAACUCUGUAGAUCACUUCAAUGGGCGGUUUAAAGCUGGUGAAUUAUGCUGGCUGUGCAGAGGUAAAAAGGAUAUUCUGUGUGGAAAUUGUAAUGGAGCUGGCUUUGUUGGUGGAUUCAUGAGCACCUUCAACGAUUGAGGCCCGUAGAAGUUGGGUAUCUUUUAGUCAUCCUGGCAUUUAGAACAAUUGUUUGUAGCAGGUGAUUUGAUUUUCCCAGAAAAUCUUUGGUGGUUUGUGUUUAUUGGCGAUGCCAUUUCUCAGCCAUGCUCUCCUUUUUCCCCAGAAAAUCAUAAACUUCUCAAGGAAAGUGGAUUUACUGAGAUUAUUCAUUAUUGUUGUAAACUUUUCAAGCGGGGUGAUUGUGAUU